AUGUCUAAGAGAUCACCAAGUAUUGUCCUAAAAGAUGUCAAAUUUGAAUCAGAUUUAUCAAGGCUAUUGACAAACCAAUAUGAAGCGCGUGUAUCUUUGUCUUCAAAUGAAAUGUUGGUUAUUGAAAACAAACAAGUUCUUUGGUUUAAAGGUGACUUGUUGUCAAGGAAGUUGUUAUACGAUAAAAAGGUCGUGAAUGCAUUUUUUACUAGUCUUAUCACGGCAGAUGAUAAAAUAACAGACACUCAAAGCCCAUGUCGUGAGAAAGUGAUGAUGGUUUUUUUAGAAGAUUCUCUACACAUCUAUUACGAAGAUGGAAGAUCCUAUUCAUUGAGUUUUUCAUUCAUCGUUCAGAACGCCUUAUCACAAGAGAAUGGUGCUGUGAUUGAAAGGUCUGAUUCAAGUCUUCACUCUUUUGUAACGUUGACUGAACCACUCGCAGAGUUUGGAUCAAUAGUGUCAUCUUCAACUACUUCAAUUUCUUCAGAUGAGCGCUUAAUUUCCUUUCCUUCAGAUACAAAUCACUCAAUUUCAGCUACUUUUGACGUAUCUGAUACUUCAAUUAAGAUAUAUCAUACAAGAUUUUUAUCUAGGAUCUCUUCUAAUACUCCAUCAACAACAUCCAAUUCAAUUAGAAGAAAAGCAUCGGUACAAAGCAGGAAGCCCUCACAAACAUUAGCAAAAGAUGAAAGUACGGAAAACCAGCCCAGUGAAAUAUUGAUAGAGAAAAAACGGUCAAUAUCACAUUCUGGUGUUCUUUCUAUUGAUAGAAUGACAUCAUAUGAUUAUAGUAACAAUGGCAAAGCUUUCGAAUCCAAUGGAUCAUCACCAAGCGGUGAAAUUUUGAGAAAAGAUGCAAUUUUGACUAAAAUCGACCAUUUAGAUAUGAAGACACAAAGUAACUUAGAGGAUAUCAUCACUGAAUCUAUUAUAUUUGGAAACAAAGAAGCAAUUAUUAUACAAAAUUUGAAGAUUGGUGUUUUAGAAAUUUUGAUCUUUGAGAAAAAUGAAGGUGCUGUUUCAAGUUCAAGAUUUUUGCAAUCAAUCAGUCUCACAGGUGAUAUCACUGAUUAUUCUACUACGUCACAUCAAGGAACACUUAUUUUGAUUUCAAAACUUAAUGAGUUUGUUUUGUUUAAUCCUUUCUUGGAUUUAAAAUUUCACUGUUUUAAACCUUCAACCCAAAUAAAUAGACUUUUAGGAUGCAAUGGCUCCAAGAUAAUAGCUGAAACUACAGAGGGGAAGCUGGUACAAUAUAAUAUGAUACUGAAACCCACCAUUGAUGCCAUUGAAAGAUGUAUGAGCUCAUUGAAAUAUUUAGUGAACUCUUACACGUAUAACUACCUUCACUUGUGCUGGGUUUAUUCAUAUGCACUUCUCCAAAAUGAGUGGGAUGCUUUUGUUUUAACUAUUUUAGCUGCUUUAAUCCCCAUGUCAGUAUCACCUUCUGAUGUUGAUGCUAAUAAUCCAGUUUCCAAAUUACUUUUAAAGAUAAAUAUAUUACAGGAAAAGGCACUUGAAGACCAAUUCACAUUAAAGGACAUGGCACCAAAUAUCAUACUUGCUCUUCAUAUUUUACGCGAGGACUUUAAACUCAAUGUUUUGGAUGAUAAAAUCGUGAAAGACCUUGGCUUAUUAUUAUCCCAAUUGACCCUCUGGAUGAGUUGGUCAGAGACUUGGUAUUCUUAUUAUGGAGUAGAUCAAGAGAUUCUCAAUAGAUCCAUAAAGUUUCCACAAUUUCAAAUUCUUGAAAAUCCACCGGACGUCAUGCAGUCAUUAACCUCACUUUUUGAAGCUACUAUUGUGCCAUAUGUCACAUUUUCUCAAUUAGCACAAGAGUCAGAACAUGUUGAUGAGCUAGUAAUACCCAGAACCUUUUACAUACUGAGACUUUUUGAAGCCAUUUUGAGAGAGGACUUUACACCAAAAGAUAUUGUCAAUUUAAUUACAGAGUAUAAUAUCACAAAGUCAGAGCUUGAUACCUACCCAAUUGGUAUUAUUAUCCCGUUGAAUGAAGCUAUAGCGCUAUGUCAAGAGUAUGUCACAAAUGAGGAUACUGACUUAAUUCAAUCAGAUCUAGUUGAUAGAAAAGAUCUCAAAAUGUUGAUAUCCAAGGAGAAUUCAAUUUCUAGCAAGACAGUGACUCAUAACUCAUCAGGGCAACAACAGAAAGAUGUUCACCAGAUUAUCAGUACGAUAAAUGAUACACAAGAGCCGGUUGCUCCAGCUGAAUAUGACAGAUUUAGUAUAGUGAAACUUAUUUUUUCAGAAGAUAGAAGAUUUUAUGAAGUUUCCAAAAUGCUUCAGACUUCAAAAAUUCAAGCUUUAAUGACAAAGCCUAUAACUAAUGUCAAAGAAGAUGAAAUUAUUUUGAAGCAAAGAGAUAUUGCAUUGAUUGCAUACGUUAGAACACUUACCGUUCCUUUAGGAAGAUCAUCUUUACUAUACUCAAGUAAAUUCCCGUUGGUUACAGAAAAGUUUUUAGCUCCAAAAAUAUCUCCUUACAUUUUGCUUCAACCUGAUAAUGUUACAAUAAAUGUCGAGUUAGACAAGGUUUAUGAUGGUGCCCUUAGCUGGGGUAAUUUCCAUAACGGUGCUUCAACAGGGCUUACCGUCUCGAGAGACGCCAAAGGUAUUUCAGGGAGUUGGAUUGUAUUCAAUAAACCAAACAGCUUAACUGCUCAACAUGGUGGCUUUCUAUUAGGUUUAGGUAUUAAUGGACACCUAAAGACAUUAGAAGAAUAUCAUAUUUUUAAUUUUCUUGGACCAAAACAUCCUUUCACAAGUAUUGGACUCUUAUUAGGAAUGAGCGCCAGUCUCAAGAGUACAAUGGAUGUCAAGCUCACCAAAGUUUUGAGUGUACACGUGGUUGCUCUAUUGCCCCAUGGUGCAACAGAUAUGAUCAUUCCGGUAUCUGUACAAACAGCAGGUCUUAUAGGUAUUGGUUUACUAUACGCAGAAACUCAACAUAGAAGAAUGAGUGAAAUUAUGCUAUCACAGAUUACUGGUAAGGUUUUACUGGAUGAUAAAGAGGUAUCAGAUGAAAGUUAUAGACUGGCUGCCGGAUUCGCUUUGGGCUAUAUAAAUUUGGGAAGAGGUGACGAUUUGAAAGGCUUGAAUGAAUCACAUAUUAGUGAUAAGCUUUUAGAAAUUGCGACAUCAAUGAAGGAUGUGCAAUCAGAAGAUGCUCUUGAUAAAUCAAUGUCAGGUGCUUUAGUUGGUUUAGCUCUAAUCUAUUUGAAAAGUGAUAAUGAUAUUAUAGCCAGAAAGAUUAAAGUUCCAGAAGCAGAGCAAUUUUUAGAUUAUAUUAGACCUGAUAUUAUUACAUUGAGGUCACUUUGUUACUUUUUGAUUAUGUGGUCCUCUAUUGGAGAUUCUAGAGCGUGGGUAGAGGAUCAAAUUCCUGAGUGGUUGCUACCAGAGAACCUUGAAGAUGGCAUUGAUGGAACUCCAUAUUAUUACAUCUUAUCAGGUAUUUGUAUGGCCAUGUCUUUGAAAUACGCAUCAAGCUCAAAUAAAGUAGUGAGAGAUACAAUUAUUGACUAUUAUGAUGAUAUCUCAAGAGAAUUGGAUGAUUUUGGCGUUCAGGAAUCUUUUGGUGCAAGAUUAAAAAAAUCAGCCCUAAUGCAAGCUCAAAUAAUUUUGGCGCUAUCUGCAUCAAUUGUUAUGGCUGCAACUGGAGAUAUAGAGGUCCUCAGAAGAUUAAGAGUGUUACACGGUAUACUUGAAGUUUCUAACUCACAGAACUCAUUCGGUAAAUAUAUGGCUGCAAAUAUGGCAAUUGGAUUCUUGUUUCUUGGUGGUGGUCAAUAUGCCUUUAAUACGUCAAAUGAUUUUGGAGUUGCUGCCUUAUUGACUUCUAUUUACCCGUUAUUUCCAAACUGUUCAAGCGCAGACCCAGAAGUCCAUUUACAAGCUUUACGUCAUUUUUGGGCAUUGGCCUCAGAGCCAAGAUGCUUGGUGAUCAGAGAUGCAGAAACUUUGAGACCAAUUAACUCUCCAGUCCUCGUUACUUUGAAGGAUGGCCAAACAAUUGAUAAAGAUGCGCCUUGCUUGCUUCCAAACUUAUCUGAUAUUGAGAGAAUUGAUUCGGUAUCUGAUGAAUAUCAUAAAGUUCAAAUGCUCGAACUGUCUGGAAUUAAUAAUUAUCUUGAUGUUUUCGUUUAUAGAAAGAGGAAGAUUGAGGUUAUGAAAAAAUCCGUGGAACUUAUACUUUCAGAGAUCAACUCCAAAUUUGAAGCUAAACACCCACAACAUAACAAGCUUUUGGAUUUGUGCAUAUUCGAUAGACUCAAUAAGUAUGACGUUCAGUCUGUUUUAGAGGGAACAAAUGAAACCGAGUUUGGGUCAAAUAUUAUUGAUAAACAAGUGGAACUGACUGCUAUUGUUAAGAAGCCUAAAAAUAUUGAUGACUUGUGGAACUUGAAAUUGAUUUUUGCAUAUUACGAUAAGAUCUUAAGUGAUGAAGAUACACAUUAUUUGAGUAUUGAUUUUGUUGAUAAUUUAAGAAUCCAGUUAUGGUCUUUAAUGAGUACUUUACAAUGA